AUGACCGUGGAUGUCUAUCAGCAGUGGAUAAAUCUGGCCAAGACAUACUCCAAGUGUAGUCUAACUUGCCCUGAUGACCGGUUGAUGGCUAUGGCUGGAAUAGCUGAGAUGUUCAAGAAGAAUUCUGGUGACGAAUAUCUGGCAGGUCUUUGGAGGUCAAGGAUCGUUGAAGGUCUCAAUUGGGUAGUUAUAGAUCCCACUUCUCGACCACACAAUCCUUCUCGUGUUCCAUCAUGGUCAUGGGCUGCGGUUGAUUCGUCUGUUCUGCCGCAGAGGACAAAUCUACCGCGAGAUGAAGACCUGGUUGAAGUCAUUGACGCUGGAACUCAUUUUUCUCAAACCUCCUCUCGUUCACAGCAAGUGAAAGGAUCAAUUCAGCUUCGAGGUUGUCUUCUGGAAAUGUCGUCAACGGUUUACGCCUAUCCAGAUACUCUGGAGACAACUUUCAAGAGCGGGGAAUCGUUUUCUUUUCUGCCUUUGAGGUCGACAUUACGAAGCCAGGUAAACAAGGAGUUAGGAGAAGAUGAAAACCCAGUCGGAGAGCUCUUCGUGAUAAUUGAGGGGCUUAUUCUUGAAGCAGUUCCUGCAGCCGAAAGUACCUAUAAGCGUCUCAGUCAGUUUGUCGUUGUCUCCCUUGACGAUGCCCCCUUCUUCGGCCUAAUAACGAACCUACCUAAAUCCGGGGGAGGUGUUGCGUUGAUAAAUGCAGAUGAGUCUCGAAAGUCCAUCAUAAAGUUAGUAUGA